GCAACAAUCCUCGCCAUAUCAAAAUCAUUCUAGUUGCAGCAAAACAAAAUGUCAGGAGCUGGAUAUGAUGUCGUUGUCGAUGUGGAUGAGGAAGGCGAUCUAGGCCACACUGAUCUCCAAGAAGAUCUCUCCUUCCACAAUUCCAAUUUCGAAAACAAUCCAUCCUCAUCCCGCCAUAAGCCCACAUCGCCUGGUCUCCCCGCUCCAGCAACUGCAGGUGGUCCCAAUACCUCAAAACGUUAUCUCUGGUCCCUACAUUUCUACUCACAGUUCUUCGAUGUCGAUACUUCUUCCGUUCUAGCACGAUGCUGGGCAGCUUUAUAUCCUCGUGCAAAUUUCUUGGAUGUGUUAGAGGGGAAUCCGGACUUGUAUGGUCCAUUUUGGAUUGCUACGACGGUUAUUUUUAUAUUGUUUAUGGGAGGAACGGUUAGUUUGUAUCUGGCGGAAAGAGGAGAAGGAAGAUUUGCAUACGAUUUUGGGCUGUUGAGCGGCGCCGCAGGUCUAAUCUAUGGAUAUACAUUCGUAAUUCCAAUCCUUCUCUUCCUAGCCCUUAAAUAUUUUGGCAGCGAAUCUGCCAAUCUUCUUGAAUGCGCCGCUCUUUACGGCUACUCCAAUCUCGUAUGGAUUCCCGUCGCAUUGGUCUCCUGGUCAUCCUUUACAAUCAUGAAUUGGGUAUUCGUAGGAGUCGGAUUUGGGUUGAGCGUUGCUUUCCUCCUUAGGAAUUUAUAUCCAGUUCUCAGCGCUACGGAUAAACAGACAAGUAAAAUACUACUUAUCUUAGUGGUUGUUCUACAUGCAGGUUUGGCAAUUGCUAUUAAGGUGUUGUUUUUUGCCCAUGGAAGUCCGGUAGCCAAGAAGCCUGAGGCGGAAGACCCUGCCAAGGGGGCCGAUCCAAGUAGGAUGUUGUUCUAAAGUUGGGGAUAUCUUGAGAAACAUUUUUGUCUGGGGAUGAAGGGUUGAGAAGAGACUGAGUAAAGGCUGGCCCGAAUCAAGGGGGGGUGAAUAUCUUCAAGGAGUAUAAGUCAUUUCAAAAUCAAACAAAUAGAUCGAUACCCAUUAUCAUGUACAAUAUAUCAUGUUAACCUAUUGCUCA